AAAAUUCAAGGUCUGAUCAAGUGGUGCUACGAGCCUGGCGAUUGCGGCUAUUGAAGAACACUAGGGUUUGGUUUCGUCUGACAGCCCAAACCUGGCACGAACAAUCUUCGAGCUUUCCGUAUCUUCAAAUCAAUUUUCAAAACCAUGGCACACUCACCCUCACCAAGCAUAUCUGCGGUGGGAUCCCACAAAAUGGACAGAAUGCGAUCGCCAACCCCCCCGCCGCAGCCACUGUCGAAGCGCGACAAACGGCGGAGUCUCCUUUCAGAACGACUCAAUGAAUUGACUGCGGCGUUUGCUCAAAAUCGAGAUACGCAUUAUCGCCAGCAGCUCCAAGCGUUGCAGGUUGACAUGAACCUGAUUAUGCGCGCAAAUCCUUACUCAGAGGCACCACUGGAUGAUAUGGGGGAUGACAUUGCUGAAGUAGUAAGCGCUGCGCUGGGAGGCGGUUCAAACGGCCAAUGGCGUCUGGAUGGGGACGCUGCAGCCCUCUCUGGCAGAUGGUAUUCAAAAUUUACCGAUGAAGUAAACGACGCAAUGGAGGACCGGGACGCAAAUCUAACAAUGCUUGAGCAUCGCUAUGAACGGACCAUUGCCGACCUCAAUCAAGUCACACAAUAUAAAGUCAGGCUCGCGCAGGAGGAGCACCGUCAGCUCUCUCAUACCGUUCGAGAACGACUGACCCAGACCGUGGGACAGAAGAAGAACCGCCUUGUGCGAGAGAAAGAACACCUUGAUAUUGCCGAUAGCAAUGCGCUUCUCCUCCAUCCAAACCAAUUCAGCAUCACCAACCCCGCCAGUCCUGGCGGUGCGCAUAGCAACCGCAAGACAAGACACACGCGGAAUCGCCAGGGCGAGGGCGAUGAUCUUGGCAAUAUAAUCGGCGAGGCAGGAAACAAGCGGAAGCGUAAAGUCUUUGAGGAGUUUGAUGUUGGCUCGCCUGUUCCCGGAAAGACUUUUGAGACGGGCAUUGCAUCCCCAUACCGAGAUGCGAAAACAAAACUCACUGCAACGCAGAUGGAGGCGCCUCUCUAUUCUAUCGAGAGAUUGUUUACGGAGAAAGAGCUCUCCAUGCACCUCAACACCGCAGCGAUUGCUGCCGCGCAGUACUUUGCUUCUCUCAAGGCGCAGGGAGAGAACAACGGUGACAAGGCCAACGGCGAGGCCGAACCCAGCGAGGGCGAAGAAGGCGGUGCAGGCGAAGGAGGAAUCGCAAACAAGGAGGGCGAUUUCAGUGAGCGUGCUUCGCCCUUUGUUGCACCAGCCAUGGAUCGUGCCGCCAACCAGUCUUUCCAUGCAACUCGAUCGACACGCAACACUGCUGGCCCUGCCGGCUUGAACAUUCUCGGCGACCUCGCGUCAUCUGAACGCAACGGAAACAAUGCUUCUUUCCCAUCGUCCUUUCCAGUUUUUCUUCCGUCCUCAGUCAUCACCAAAACUGGCGUCGCUCCACCGCCUCCCCCGCUUCGCCCGGAAGACGCCGAGGACGACCUUGUCAGGAUCCAGCGCCUUGUGAGCACAGCUCCUCCCGAGCAUGUCGACAAGCGACUUCUUGAUAGUCUAUGCGCCCCGCUGGGUACGGCGCAACAUCGCACCGAACUCUUCCCGGCUCUCGCACAGGCAGCUGUCAACGGCACUGCAACCGCCGCAGUGGCCGCAACCCACGCCGCCGUGCCGCAGCACGUCCUGGCCGGCGCCGAGCCGAUGAGUAGACAGUCCAGCGGCGCGGGCUUUAGCGAUGUGGGCGGCGUCCCUAUGAGUCGGCACGGCGAGGGAAGCAGCAUGGGCAUGGGCAUUAGUCUCGGCCUUGGCCCGUCCAUGAUGAAGAGAAGCGCAAGUGGGGCUGGCUUCACGUCUGGAGGGGAAGGAGGCAAGAGAAGUCGCAAUAGGUAGUAGAGUAGCUUUGCCCUUUUGUCCUAUAUCCCUUUCGCCCUACUUCUUAGAAGAACGUCCCUGAGCCUGUCUUCUUCACUUAUCACGAGUUUGCUUGUUUGCUUGUUUCUUUUUUUCUUUU